GAUAGGUCGAAUAACAUGGGAAGCUACACCUGUGGCCAACGAGGCGCCAAGAGGUACUUAUACCGGACCAAAGUGUCCGCUCCUUACUUCGCCUCUGCUGCCGCCAUGAAGCUGUUCGUUGCAGUCCUCUCCCUCGCUGCCCUCGCCUGGGCCCAGGACAGGAAAGAGUGCCACUGCGGCGCCUUCAUCUCCACGGCCAACGGCGAGUAUGAGGUCCACCGCCUCCCUCCCAUCGACACGAACGACUGCGAUGACGAGAAGCUGUGUGCAGUACUUUGCGCAGCGGAGUGGGACAAGCUCACGGCCGACGGAGACCUGGAUUUCGUGAUGGACAACGGCGUGACGGUCGGCCAGGAGGCGUGCAGGGCCAUGGCGGCGCACGGACACCCUAACCUUCCUCCUCACGACGUCUACGCCUACUACAACAUCUGCCAAGGACCCUGGAUAUUCGACGGCAAGACGAGCCAGCAGCCCCUGUGCUGCCACGACGGAAUCUACCCCGGCAACUGCGAAUCCUUCACGCGGCCUCCGCAGAACUGAAGCAACCUCGUGGAUUUCUUUUCGGAAUAUGUUACUCAUUAAAGCAGGUUAAUCGGA